CAACACUUUUAAAUGUGCAAGAAGAAGCACACCUCGUAAAAUUAGACAAUAAUUCGAUAAUUAAAAGGUAUUAAAGUUCUAAGACAAUCACAAGCAAAAUGCCGAAAUUCUAUAAGCUUGACAUAAACCGCACCGAGUGGGAAAUACCCGAGACAUACCAAAACCUCCAGCCCGUUGGCCAAGGCGCAUAUGGACAGGUGUGCAAGGCAUUAGUAAAGGGCACAACGACAAAGGUAGCGAUUAAGAAAUUGGCUCGCCCCUUCCAAUCCGCCGUGCAUGCCAAACGUACUUACCGCGAAUUAAGACUGCUGAAGCAUAUGGAUCAUGAAAAUGUUAUAGGUUUGCUGGACGUCUUUCAUCCAGGGCAGCCCGCUGACUCGCUUGAUCAUUUUCAGCAGGUCUAUAUGGUGACGCAUCUGAUGGACGCUGAUCUAAAUAAUAUAAUACGCACGCAGAAACUCUCCGAUGAGCAUGUACAGUUUUUGGUCUAUCAGAUUCUGCGCGGACUUAAGUAUAUACAUAGUGCUGGCGUUAUACAUCGCGACCUGAAGCCUUCCAAUCUGGCGGUAAACGAGGAUUGUGAGCUGCGCAUACUGGACUUUGGUUUGGCGCGUCCGGCUGAAAAUGAAAUGACAGGCUAUGUAGCCACACGGUGGUAUCGUGCGCCAGAAAUCAUGCUCAAUUGGAUGCACUAUAAUCAGACGGUGGACAUUUGGUCUGUGGGCUGCAUUAUGGCAGAGCUCUUAACAGGACGCACGCUCUUCCCAGGCACAGAUCACAUACACCAGCUAAACCUGAUAAUGGAAGUCUUAGGAACGCCGUCCGAAGAGUUUAUGAACAAAAUUUCGUCAGAGAGCGCGCGUUCCUACAUUCGCUCUCUGCCUGUGAUGCCACCUCGCAAUUUCCGAGAUGUAUUCCGUGGAGCCAAUCCCCUGGCAAUAGACUUGCUUGAAAAAAUGCUGGAGCUGGAUGCAGAGAAACGUAUAACCGCAGAGCAGGCGCUAGCUCAUCCUUAUAUGGAAAAGUGGCAUGAUCCCUCCGAUGAAGCCACAUCGACGAUCUAUGAUCAAAGUUUCGAAGAGAACGAGCUGCCCGUAGAGAAAUGGAAGGAGUUGGUAUUCACUGAGGUGCGCGGCUUUAAGCCGCCACAGGCCUUUGCUGAGCUGCUGCCGCAGACUCAAUAAAUAAAAUAUAUGAUGAUGUUGGUGACAAGUGAAGCGAGUCAAUUAAUGAUGCUAACCAAUAUAGUUUUUAAAGUAUACGUAAUUUGCAAUUGUUUCUAAAACGAAAAGUCACCGCCUUAAUGUCCAGUUUGAUUUAUUGGUGUCGGUUUAUUUAAACGUGAACAUAUUUUGUGUAUUGUAUAAAUGUAAAUGUAUAUUUAUGUACAAGUCUGCAGUAGCCAUAGCCAUUAAAGAGCACAAACUUCAAAAUA